ACAGAGCGUUAACGAGGCUGUGGAGGUUCAAGUCACAAGUCACAGCUUCCCCACAACGUCCGCAGCUCCACUCCACUCACACUGUUUGGGGGUAGUUCAAGGCUCGUCUAACCCGAUGUGGCAAAUUAGUUUGCUUGAUUCAUAAACUGUAGUUCGACCCCUAGACCGAAGCUAUACUUGCUCUAACAAUUGAGAUGGCCCUGGUGACUGCGGCCAUUACGGGGUCCGAUCAAUACCGGCCAGAGCUACGGCGCCGAUCAACGCCGGGUCACCUGCGACGACCCUUAUGGAUCGGGUGUAUAGGUCUACGUAUAGCAUGGCAUCGUACAUCAAGCAUCCUUCCGCCACAGCCACAGCCACCGUGACUCAAACGUCGAGCAUGCGAGUAUAGCACCGAAACAAUGUCACGACUAGCAACAUUACCAGUGUCUUUGCCACAGCCAUCCUCCCCAAAACCACCCAAUGAUUUGGCCGAAAGAAUAUUGACCAGUUUCGACAAUCUGACCGAAGACUGCUUCGUCGAAGACGCAACAUGGAGAGACAGCUAUGCAGUCACUGGAACUCUGCGGACGUUCUACGGGACGGCGUCGAUUUCUCGGGCGUGGAAGGACUGCCUCAAAUUGAGCAAGGCGUCGAUUUUCACAAUUGCUCCAAUUCCGCCCGAGGAGAUGCGUCUCCCUGGAGGUUCGUUCUGGAUGGAAAUUGGAUAUGGCUUUGAGACGGACGACUCUUACUGCAUCGCUCUGGUUUCGGUGGUCCCGGAUCCCGCGGGCGGAAGUGGCUGGAAGAUCUGGGUGCUGAGGACCAUCUUGCAGCAGCUGAAGGGAGCGCCUCGGAUCGACGUCUACGACCCGAGUGCGGCAGACGGUGGCGGAAUGGUCAAUGGGAAUGGAACAACUACAAAUGGCACCUCUCAGGAAUCCAGUUACCAGUUCGAUUGUGUCAUUGUCGGUGCCGGUCAAGCUGGCUUGGACGCCGCCGCCCGCUGCGCAGCUCAGGAGAUAUCGUACGUCGUGAUCGAUAAGCAGGCCCGCAUGGGAGACAACUGGAGAAACCGUUACGACUCGGCGCGGCUCCACACGGUCCGCGAAUACGCCCAUCUGCCUUACGAGCGCACCUUUGACGAAUCUUAUCCGGAAUAUCUGCACAAGGACGACCUCGCCCAGGCGUACGCUAGGUACGUUGAGAAGAUGCACAUCAACGUGUGGCUGUCGAGCCUGUUGCAAUCGGGACAGUGGGACGAGAGCCGGCAAAAGUGGACCUUGCACGUCAAGACCGAUGGUGUGUCCCGGGAAGUUGCGUCCCACUUUGUCAUCCUGGCCGUGGGAGCUGGCGGGCAGGUUCCAUCCCUCCCUAUGCUCCCGGGGAGAGAAAAGUUCAAAGGGGUGGUUUUGCAUUCUGAAGAGUACAGAUCCUCAAAGGGCUUCGCCGGACGACGCGGCGUCGUGGUUGGCUCCGCCAACACCGCACACGAUGUGGCCGACGACAUGCUGGACGCGGGCCUCGCUUCGGUCACCAUGGUCCAAAGGUCAAAGACGUUCGUUCUGCCCCAAGAGUGGUACGUCCAGACACAGACCAAGUUGUACAACGCGGCUCUACCUACCGACACGGGCGACAUGUUGAGCAACACUUACCCCAACGCGGUUUUCCGCUUGAUCGGUUCGGCCACUUUCCACACGCUCGCACGAAUGGACCCCGGCAGAUUUGAGGCUCUGGAAAAUGCAGGUUUCAGAGUGGACGUCUUCGGCGAUCCGGCCUACCACCUAUUUGAACGUCUUGGUGGUCACUAUAUGGAUGUCGGCGUCAGUGCGAAGAUCGCCGCGGGCCAGAUCAAGAUGAAGUCAGACGCUGCACUCACGCACUACACCGCCAGCGGACUAGGAUUCGCUGAUGGAACAGAGCUGCCCGCCGACCUGAUCGUUUUCGCCUCCGGUUUCGAUCUCAACAUGAAAAAUCAAGUGAAGGAACUAUUCGGAGAGGAGGUGGCCGGGAAGUUUGGGGACUUCACCACCAUGAACGAAGAGGGUGAAGCCUCUGGAGCAUACAAAUUUUGCCAUCCUGGUUUGGUUUGUGUAGGUGGAGCCAUCGGUCCGGCGAGAUGGUACACGAGACUCGUGGUUCUGAGCAUCAAGGCGUCAUUGAUGGGCAAACCAUUGAAACUUUACCUGGGAGAGAAGAGGUUGAAAUGAUUGGAAGUGAAUUGACGGUGGCAGGAGAGGAAACAGACCUAGGCUUUUGUUCGCAGGAGGUGGCCGGAACAACCAGUUCGCAAUAGAUGGGGC